AUGACGAGCUGUAGAUUCGUUCAAUUGUUGAGCAUAUGGGAUAAAUACAAAAGUAAGUUCUUAAAAUCAAACUUUUCAACUUCAAACAAGUUUGAAUAUAGUUCUCCUACGGCUCUUUUAAAUUAUAAUAAUUGUACACCUUUAAGUACAAAUAAACAUGAAAAAAAUAAAAUUCAUAAGAAUGGAAAUCAUCUAAAUAAAAAAGAAACGUCCUGUAAUAAUAAUGAUACGUUCCCUUGUAAUAAUGAGGAAUUUUUUGAAAUGAUUAAAAAAAAUAUUAAGAAAAAUAAAAAUGAAUAUCGUUUGUUGAAUAUAUAUUGUAAAGAAUUAAUGUAUAGAAUUAAUGAUUCAAAUAUUAGUGCUAAUAUAAUUACAAAAACAUUUUCGUUCUUGUCAUAUACAGAUUAUAAAAAUGAUCAUAGAAUAAGCGAAAUCUUAAAUCGUUGUAUUUUACGAUUAAACGAGUUUGAUCUAAUUCAUUUAUCUUCUUUGGUCAUAUCUUUAAGUAAAAUGAAUUUUAGGAGUGUGUAUUUUCUGGAACAAGUACAAAAGAAAUUUAUCAGGGAGGAAGAAUAUUAUUUUCAAAAACACUCUCCACAUUAUAUAUGUUUGUUUAUAAAUAGUUGGGUCAAAUUAAAUUGUAGGAGAAAAAAAAAUUAUGUAACAAAUUAUCGAAACGAUCAUCACAAUAAUAUUAUAGAUCAUAUUACGGAUAAUAUUAAUAAUAAGCACGAUUACCAAGGUGAUCAUAUUAAUAAUAAUAAUGGUAAUAAUAAUAAUGGUAAUAAUAAUAAUGGUAAUAAUAACCAUUGUAAUAAUAAUCAUAUUAAUAAUAACCAUUGUAAUUACUUAUCCCAUAUUGAUCAUAGGGAGAGUACCGAAAAUGUUCAAAUUAUAAACUUCCUCUUAUCCAAGAUAAGCCACAGAAAAGUAGAAGAAUACAGCUUAAUAGGAAUAAGCUUAUUAUUAUAUAAUAUAUCCAUCCUUAAAUUAUACAAGUACUAUUAUUUAUUUUCUUUAUUUAAAAAUCAUAUAAUUAAGACAAAAAGUCAUUUGAACGUUAUACAAAUAGUUAAUAUAUUAACAGCUUAUAAUAAUGUAUGUUUAUUAAAAGGGACCUUUUUAAUAGAAUUAUUAGAAUGUAUAAAUGUACAAAUUGAUUCUUGUUAUUUUCAUCAUUUGGUAAGGUUGAUGGAUAUAUCAUUCUGUUUUGUGGGGAACCAUAAUAAAAAUAUGUUAGACAUUUAUAAUAAGGAUAAUAUCGAUAUUUAUAAUAAAAAUAUGAUAGACCUUAAUAAUAAAAAUAUGUUAGACAUUUAUAAUAAGGAUAAUAUCGAUAUUUAUAAUAAAAAUAUGAUAGACCUUAAUAAUAAAAAUAUGAUCGACAUUAAUAAUAAAAAUAUGAUAGACAUUAAUAAUAAAAAUAUGAUAGACAUUAAUAAUAAAAAUAUGAUAGACAUUUAUAAUAAGGAUAAUAUCGAUAUUUAUAAUAAAAAUACGAUCCAUAUUCAUAAUAAAAAUACAAUCGACAUUUAUAAUAAUACCUCCGUUGAUGAAUUCACACAGAUUUGUCAUUUUAUUACCAAUUUAUUUAAUCAACUUGUUAAGAACACAAAAUACUGUAAAAAGAAAGAUGUCAUAUUAUUAUGUGGGACCUUAUCGAAAUACAAAAAAUGGAUAGAUAAAAAUUUUACAAACACCUCUUCUCCACUUUCAUCAAUAAAUAUGAAUUGCCUGUUUUACGCAAUUCGUAAUAAUGUAAAAAAUUUUAUAAGCCUGUACAAUCAUGUUGAAUUAUCUAUUUUAUUAUAUUGUUAUUCUCUUUAUGAAAUCAAUGAUCUAUUUUUAUUUCAUAAAAUAAAAUUAAGAAGUUUAAAAAUAUUCAUCACUUUUAAUCAAAUAACCUUUUCAUAUUUAUUUAAGGCUUUUGAAAAUAUGAAAAUAAAUGAUCUUAUAUUUGAAAAGGCGUGCUUACAUAAAAUUUUACAAAUCAAUAAAUUUAGCUGUCCCAAAAGUUUACUCUUUACAUUAUCUGCAUUGUCAUCUUUACAUAAAAAAAAAAAAAAAAAUCCCAUAAUUCAAGAUAUAUGGCAAGUUAUAUUUAGAAACUUUCAAGAUAUUUUUAUUAACAAUUUUUAUGAAAUAACAAACAUAAAUAAAAAAGAUGGAAAUAUUAUACAAAAUAGAAAUCUUUCCAUACCAUCUUAUUUAUUAUAUAUAGAGGAAGAUAAUAUGGAUAGCUACUCAAUGGUUACGUGUCCAAAAAAUGAAACAUUUUGUUCUUUCCAAAACAAAACAGAAAUAAAAACAGAAAUAAAAAAGAAAAGAAGCAAUUUGAUUAAGGGAGAUAUACUAUGUAUGCUAGUACAUUUUUUUUCAAAAAUCAAAGAAUUUGAUUUGAAUUAUAAACUAAUAAUUAUAUUAAUUAAUGAAUAUGAAAAUUAUAAAAAUAUUCUAUCAACACACAAUUGUAUAAGUUUAUUAAAUUCUAUGGGUACUCUCUGUGCUCAUAUGAAAAAUGAAAAAAGUAAUAUUUUCUGGAGAAAUUAUUAUCUUUUUAUAAAUCAAUUAACAAAGAAAAUAUUGGUAAGUGUAGAUUUGUAUGAAAAAAAAUAUUAUCUUAUAAAUUUCUUAAGUGCUUGUGGUAAAAUUUUUCAGUCUUACAUUUCUAUUAUAUAUAAAAUAAAUGAAGAACAAAAAAAAUUUUGUUUUUAUUUGAACAAUAUUUUAGAUAUUUUAAUUACACCUUUAAAUAAAUAUAUAAAUGAGUUUAGUUUAGGUGAUAUAGGAAUUCUGUUCGAAACAUUUAAUAAAGAAAAUUAUUUACAAGAAUUCAUUUAUACAGCACCAAAGGAAAAGGAUGACCAUAUAAAAUGUUCUUUUGUAAAUAAAAUAAUAAAUAGAUUAAUUGAUUUAUUAAAUCAUAUUAAUGAAAAGGAUUAUAAAAAUGUCAUAAUUAUUAUGAACAAUAUAAUCAAAAUGAACAAUUUCGAUAAAACAAUAUAUAAUUUAAUAAUUAAAAAUUAUAUUCUUCAAAGCUUUUAUUAUGAAUCUAUACCUAUGUUAUCACAAAGUAUUUUUUAUAUAUGUAUAAAUGUUUUAUUUAGGGAUAUUAUAAUUAACACACAACAAAUCUAUUUAUUAAAAUAUUUAUUCAAAAAAUUAUUUGAACAAUUUAUAAAUCAAGAGAUAUUUCUUUUUUCUACACAUAAUGAAUGUUUACUUAUAUCAGAUAAAAAUAUUAAUAAUAAUGAGUAUAAUAAUAUGAUGAUUGACACUAUAUUUAUUAAAUCUUUGAUAUAUUUAUGCCAAUCUAUUUUUAUCAUAUUAUUUCAUAUAUCUAACAUAAAAGAAAUAAGUUAUGAAUAUAAAAUCAAAAGUAAAGUUAUUAAAGAGGAAAAUAAUGAAUUGUUAAAUUCUAUAACUUUUUUACGACUUUAUUUAACAAUUUUUAUGCUUACUGAAAAAUGCAUCCAAGAGGGAUAUCAUUUUAAAAAAAUUAAAAAUUUUACAAGUUUUGAUAAUUCGAUUAUCACACAUGAAAUACAUAAUAUUGUUAAACAUAUGCCUAUCAAAAGUUACUACACAUCUUUACUUUUUUAUAAACUGCUUUUAAUUAAAACUUAA